AUGCUUCACGCAGUCAAGCAUAAUGCAAGAUUUUGGGAAUACUGCUCCGAAGAGCUUCGGGGUGAUCGAGACAUUUUGAAUGCUGCCGCCGAAGGAAACUCCUUCAAUUCAUUGGAUGUCGUGCCAAAUACCUACCAACUGGACCAUCCCGAAUUCGUUGCUUGUGCGAUUCGAAAGUAUUUGAAAGGCUCGAAAUUUAGCAAUGAGAGAGGUAGAGCCAUAGCUCAAAUGAUACGAGAAGAAAUGUGGCAUGAUCGAACUGUUGCUAUAGCUUGGUUAGAAUGUGGAGGGUUAUGGAUUUUUCUACUGCAUUUCGGUGAAGAUAGGGAGAGAAUUCGAACCGCCACAAAGUGUUCCUGGGAUCAGUUCCAUUGGGCGUCCGGACUGCUGAAGAAUGACAAAGUUUUUGUAACGCAGGCUUCGACAGUCGAUGCACGGAUUCUUGAAUAUGUCUCCACCCAGCUAUUUUUCGACCACGACGUCGUGUUGACAGCAUUCGGUAGGGAUGGUCGGAUUUUAGAGUUGUAUGCGGAAGGCGACGAACAGUCCUUUGACUACCUCGUAUCUUUUGCUACAAAGGUACGGCAAAGACUUAUGGAAAGCCGAACCUUCCAAUGUGAAUUUAUUGGAUCAGCAAAGCGGCCUUCAUCAGAGAAAUUGAAUUGCCAUUUGUCAAUGCUUAAUCAAGGGCCUGAGAUGCUGGCAACGUACAAAGAUAAGAUUGCAUCGUAUGCUGGAAUCCUGUAUAAGAGGAGGAACUUGCACGAUACGAGGCUGCAUCUCGUCACUUAG